ACAUAGUUUCGUGUCCCUUCGAAACAGCAUACCUGUAUCCCUUGGAUAAAUGCCUAGUAGUGCAAUUGCUGGGUCAUAGGGUAGCUCUAUUUUUAAUUUUUUGAGGAACCUUCAUACUGUUUUCCAGAGUGGCUGCACCAGCUUGCAUUCCCACCUAGUUUUUCUAUUUGCAUAUCCAUGUAUAACAAACACAUAUUUAAAUAUUAAAAAAUAGAAAACCACAGAAUACUGUUUUAUAAUUUGCUUUUUCUGCUUAACUAUAUAUUAUGAACAUCAUUUUCUGAAAUCAAAUUUAAAGUAUGGCUCAGGAGAUAUUUGUUGAGUACUUAACAUGUAUUGGACACUAUACUAGGCAUAAGUGCCAGGAAAACGGUAGCAAACAUUUUUAAUGGCUACAUUGUAUUCAGUUAUAUGGGUGUAUCACAGUUAAUUUAAUCAAUAUCGUAUUGUAUUUUUGAGUUUUGUUUGUUUGUUUGUUUUUUAAGUAAACUACGCCCAACAUGGGGCUCAAACUCAUGAUGCUGAGAUCAGGAGUCACAUGUUUUACUAACUGAGCUAGCCAGGCACCCCUUGAAUUGUUUUUAAUUAAAAAAAGAAAUUAUGAACAGUGCUGUAGUCGUUAUCCUUGUAGCUAAAUCUCUGGAACAUCAUUAUUUCCUAAAUUAUUCCUGGCCUUUUUUUUUUUUUUGGAUAUAUUUUUUUAAGUUUAUUUAUUUUGAGAGAGAGAGAGAGUAUGAGUAGGGGAGGGGUGGAGAGAGAGGGAAUCCCAAGCUUAUAGCGCAGAGACUGACUGAUGUGGGGCUCCAACUCACAAACUGUGAGACAUGACCUGAGUGAAGCCAAGAGUCGGACACUUAACUGACUGAGCCACUCAGGUGCCACUGGCCUUUUAAUAGCUGAAUGUAGGUUAAUUCAAGGCUGUUCACCCUCUCGCUCCCUGGUUUUUUUUUUUUUUUCAAGUUUAUAUAUUUAUUUUGAGAGAGAAAGAGAGAGGGAGGGAGAGAGAGAGAGAGAAAAAGAGAAAACACAUGGAGGGAGGAGCAGAGAGAUUGGCAGAGAGAGAAUUCCAAGCAGUCUCCUUUCAGUGCGGGCUGGAACUUACCAUGAGAUCAUGACCUGAGCUGAGAUCAAGAGUCAUAUGCUUAAUCUUAAUUGACUGAGCCACCCAGGUGCCCCAAAGCUGAUAUCUUGGCAUAUGUGAAGUAAGAGUGUGAAUACCUUGAAUUCUGCUAAUGGGGAGAUCCAUAGUUUUUGGAUUUACGUAUGAGGAAGUUGCUAUUCUAGUUUGAAUAUUGAAAAAUGAGAGUUUAAAAAAUUAUUUAUUUAUUUAUUUUGAGAGGGUGGGGAUGGGGAGACAGAGAGUGAGAGGGAGAGAGAAUUCUAAGCAGGCUCUGCACUUCAGAGGGCUGAAUCUCAUGAACCAUGAGAUCAUGACCUGAGCAGAGAUCAAGAGUCCGACACUUAAUCAACUGAUCCAUCCAAGCACCCUGAAAAAUAAGACUUUUAUUCUUCCUUGAUAACAAAGAUGUUAAGUGCAAAAUCAGAGGAUGUUCGUGUUCAGUCAUCACUGUCCAAACUCAGAAGCUCAGAACGCUGGGAUCUCCCUUUGCAGGGGUGGAAAAGAAGCCUAAGAAAUAAGGUCCUCUCUCUAGACCAUAAAAGUAGAAAAAGUGUUCGUGGGCGUCCUGUCACCUCUAAGACAUCACCAGAAAGGCAACUCAAAGUUGUGUUGACGAAUGUCCUAUGGACGGAUUUAGGACGAAAAUUCAGAAAGAUCCUACCUAGAAACGAUGCUAAUUUGUGUGAUGCCAACAAGGUGCAAUCAGACUCAUUGCCUUCGACAUCUGUUGACAGCCUAGAGACAUGUCAAAAAUUAGAACCUCUUCACCAAAGCCUUAAUUUAUCUAAAAGGAUACCCAGAGUUAUAUUGACGAAUGUCCUGGGAACGGAGUUAGGAAGAAAAUACAUAAAGACCUCAUCUGUAACUGAGGCCAGUUUGGGUGAUACAGACAACUUGCAAUCAGAGCAGCUUUCUUCAUCAUCUGAUGGCAGCCUAGAGUCUUGUCAAAAUCUAAAUCCUCACAAGAGCUCCUUUUUAUCUGAAAGGGAUUCACAACCAAGUAAGACUGUAGAUAAUAAUUAUGCAAAGCAAGCCUCACACACUAAAGAAAAGCAAAGAGAUGAUGAUGGCAUUUCUCUUGUAAUGUCUGAUGCUCAACCUAAAGACCUCAGUAGUGGAAGUAGAGGUUGUGAUCAUCUUGAAGAGGGGAGCAAAAAUAAGGAUGAUACAUUUUCUGAUUCAAAAAUGGAACCCACUCUGACUUCCAGGAAGAGAAAGAAAAGGCUUAGAAGUAAUUUACCUGAUUCUCAUAAUUCUACUUCUUCUUUGUAUGAGUCAGCAGAACAGAUAAUAAAACAAGAAAAUGACUCCACAGUAUCUGCCGAGUUUAAAAAGUCAAGUGAAAACUAUCAUCAAGACUCAAAAGUGCUUGAGGAAAUUACACCUGAACCUAUAGAAAGUGAUUUUGCUAAACUAUCCUCACUUGAUAGUCAGGAGUUGGCUUUGAGUGCUGCUCCCAAAAGUACCUCUGACUCUUCAGCCACCGAAACUUUUGAGAGCUCUAGUUCCACUGAUUCCAUGGGGAAUUCUACCCUGGUUGAGAAGAAUGAGAGUGAGUUGAAUGUAAUAGAAAAGCCUGCUUUAAGUGAACACAGUGAAGGGAGCCAGUCUUUGGUAUCCGUUGAACCAAUUGUUGUUUCCAGUGAUGAGGAGGGACCUGUUGAACAUAAAAGUUCAGAAAUUCUUAAGUUACAACCUAAGCAAGACCAUGUCAUCACUAAUGACAAUGAGAGUACUUCUGAAGCAGCAUUGUCAGAACCAUUGAUGACAUGUGAAUCUGUACAGGCUUCAUCUGAAUUAUGUCCAUAUAAUCCUGUCAUGGAAAACAUUUCCUGUAUUUUACCUAGUAAUGACAUGGAUCUACAACUGGAUUUUAUAUUUACUUCUGUUUAUAUUGGUAAAAUAAAAGGAGCUUCUAAAGGUUGCGUUACAUUCACGACAAAGUAUGUUAAGAUCCCAUUUCAAGUCUCCCUGAAUGAGGUUUCAUUGCUAGUGGAUACCACACAUUUAAAGAGGUUUGGGUUAUGGAAAAAUAAGGAUGAUGAUCACAGUAAAAGGAAUCAAGCUAUCCUUUUCCUUUGGGUCUCUGCAAAUUAUCUUCAAGAGAUUCAGACCCAACUAGAAAACUCCGUAUUAAGCCAGCACUCAAAAUCCAGUGAAUUCAUUUUUCUUGAGCUAUACAAUCCUAUUUCGCAAAGAGAAGAAUUGAAAUUAAAAGAUAUUAUGACAGAAAUAAGUACAACCAGUGGAGAAUUGGAACUUUCUUAUCCAUUGUCUUGGUUUCAGGCACUUCCUUUAUUUCAGAACCUCUCUUCAAAAGAAAGUUCUUUUGUUCAUUAUUAUUGUGCUUCGACUUAUUCUUUUCCCGCUGUUGCUGCUGAAGAAAUGAAGAUGAAAUCAGUAUCUCAGCCUUCUAAUAUGGAUAGAGCCAAGCCUACUUACACCUUCCUACAGAAGCAAAGUAGUGGUUGCUACUCACUUUCUAUUACAUCUAAUCCAGAUGAAGAAUGGCGAGAAGUCAGGCACACGGGACCUGUUCAGAAGUUGAUUGUAUAUCCUCCACCACCUACUAAAGGGGGAUUAGGAGUAACUAAUGAAGAUCUGGAAUGCUUAGAAGAAGGAGAGUUUCUUAAUGAUGUAAUCAUUGAUUUCUAUCUUAAAUAUCUUAUAUUGGAGAAGGCAUCAGAUGAACUUGUUGAACGAAGUCAUAUUUUUAGUAGCUUUUUCUAUAAAUGCUUGACAAGAAAAGAAAAUAAUUUGACUGAAGAUAAUCCAAAUCUUUCAAUGGCACAGAGGAGACAUAAAAGAGUAAGAACAUGGACUCGUCACAUAAACAUCUUUAACAAAGAUUACAUCUUUGUGCCUGUAAAUGAGUCAUCUCAUUGGUAUCUUGCUGUCAUUUGUUUUCCAUGGUUAGAAGAAGCUGUAUAUGAAGAUUUUCCACAAACUGUAUCCCAGCACUCACAGGCUCAGCCAUCUCAACAUGACAACAAAAUAAUAGAUAACGAUGUACAUACUACUUCGACACUGUCCUUGGGCACAGAGGAUUCCCAAAGUACCGAGACAAAUAUAUCAGUACCAGUACCAAAGAAAAUGUGUAAAAGGCCAUGCAUUCUCAUACUAGAUUCCUUGAAAGCUGCUUCUAUACAAAACACAGUUCAGAAUUUACGAGAGUAUUUAGAAGUAGAGUGGGAAGUUAAACGAAAAACUCAUCGUGAAUUCAGCAAAACAAACAUGGUGGACCUAUGCCCUAAAGUUCCUAAACAAGAUAAUAGCAGUGAUUGUGGAGUAUAUUUACUGCAGUAUGUGGAGAGCUUCUUUAAGGAUCCUAUUGUUAAUUUUGAACUUCCAAUUCAUUUGGAGAAAUGGUUUCCUCGUCAUGUAAUAAAGACCAAACGGGAAGAUAUUCGAGAGCUCAUUUUGAAACUUCAUUUACAGCAACAGAAGGGCUGCAGUAGCUAGUUAAUCUGUACAAACAUGACACAGAUGUCCUAUAAGAUUACUGGAAAGCUGCUUACCAGCAUUUGUGUUAGUCAGCUCACAGAGAAGAAAAUAACUUGUGGUAGUUUUAUAAGUCAUUGAACAUUAUUUAAAAUAAAUAAGGUAUAUUAUUAGAUUGUUGGGAUCUGGUAGAUGUAGUGGAAAAUGGGGGUGAUAUAGAGACACUUAUUAGAAAUUAAACUUUCAUAAAUAUUUGAUAUUUUUCUGAUCAAAUUUGCUUCUGAUUAUGCAAUAGCAUAUGUAAAUGUGGGAAUGUUUUUGUAGAUAAUAAAACCAAGUGAUCUGUACUUCCAUAUAACUGGGAGUUGAGGGGAGUUAGGUCCUCCCUGGUGCCAGCCCCAGUGCUUGUCACAUUUGUUGACAAGUCACAUUAUAUUGUAAUACUAUUCUUUGCGGCUCAAGCAUGCAAUAUGAAUACUAUGUAUUUUUUUAAAGAAGAAUUUAGUAUUAAGGCUUCAGAAAAUGCCAUUUACGGCAUCCUUUCUGUAUAGUGUAAAAGAAGACAUGAUGUUAGGAAGAUGAUUGAAAUUGACUCUUUCAAAGCGCAGCUUAUUUUUCUCAGUUGCUAAAUGGAAUUGUUACUCUGCUGUGAUUGUUACAUGUUUUCUUUUUCUUUUGAUGUCAUAUAUGGGGAUCUGGGAAAUUAGUUCAUUCAUUCAGAAUGAAAUUUGGAACAAAAAAAAUUUAGCUACCCAAAAUAGGUUUUUACAAUGACAUAUGUAGCUCAACAUAGUUCUUUGAGGUAAUAGCUAUAUCAAUAUUGACUUCUAUCCUAUUCUGAUAUCCUAGAAUAUACGUACCCACUUUCUGUAAGUAUCAAAGAUAAAAUUGAUGUCCUCAUAACUUUAAUUAAAGAAUACCCUCAAAAUCUUAUUUAUUAAUUGUUAGAACUAAAUACAUAAUUUUAUAGCUCUGUUUACCCAGUAUUUAUCUGCAAAGUCAGAUUGCUCAAAUUGCUUUUAUAUUUUUAAAUUGUAGUUUUUAGAGACCUAUGAUCCCUAUGAAGCAUAAGUUUUUAUUAAAUGUUUAGGGAACAGUUUUGAAUUCAUGUGAUGAUGGUGGUAUUAUAUGUGAUUAAACACUUUACAACCUUUUAAUGUUAUCAGGAAAAUUUUGAGGGGACAAUUAUAUUGUAUUUUCUCAGAUUGAAAAACCAUGUUUUUUAAGAAUAUUAUUUUAAUCUUCUGUUUUAAGUAUCUCUUGGAUUUAUAUUGUUAACUGUAUAUAAGGCAGUGAAGCAAAGGCAAUUUAAGAUGAAGCUAAAAAUUGGAACAUUUUAUUUCAAAAUCAUGUGAAUUUGAAGUUGUCAAUUAAGCCUCAGUAUUUUUGAAUUUUUGUUAAUCUUGUCACCAUCUUUAUAUUGUUAAAGAUAUUUGUCUUUUGGGGAUUUCUCAGAAAGAUGAUUAUAAUUACAUGAUUCUAUUCCCAGUAUGUGUGUGUAUGGGAGGGGAUUUUUUUAAAAUGACUAUUAAUUAUUUUGUACAUCUAACUUUGGGAAAGCAAGUAUGUAAUACAUCUUCAUAUGACUUCUUAACUUUUGUGUUUGUAUGUUUUUCAAAGGUACCACUGUCCUUUAUCAUGUUUUGAAGAUUGUUUAAAAUUCAUUUUCCUAAAUUCAUGUGGAAAUAAUGUGUUGAGAAUAUCAACAUUUUAUAUUAAACAUGUUUCCAAUUCAUCAAA